AUGCCUCCAAAGAAAGGGCCUUCUGACAAGAAUAAAGCCAAGGCUAAGGCCAAGGCGGCCGAGGAUAAGACCUUUGGUAUGAAGAACAAGAACAAGUCAAAGAGAGUACAGCAACAAAUAAAUCAAAUGCAAGCAGGUGUGGAUGGGGGUCUAGCUAAAAAGAAGGAAGCUGAGGCCAAGCGGAAAGCCGAGGAGAAGAAAGCUGCAGAAGAAGCUAAAAGAGAAGCAGCCAAACUAUUUGGAAUUCAACAGCAAAAAGUGCCAUUUGGAGUUGAUCCCAAAUCUGUGCUCUGUGAAUUUUUCAAGCAAGGAUUAUGUACCAAAGGUAGCAAGUGUAAAUUCAGUCACGAUCCCAAUGUGGGAAGGAAAGAUGCCAAAAAGGACUUGUAUACUGAUGCAAGACAAGAGAAGGAGGAGGAUACGAUGGAUAAUUGGGAUGAAGACAAAUUACGUAGAGUCAUUUUAUCCAAGCAUGGUAACCCAAAGACUACUACUGAUAUUGUUUGCAAACAUUUUAUUGAAGCUGUGGAGAAUGGUAAAUACGGAUGGUUUUGGGUUUGUCCCAAUGGCGGUAACGAAUGUAAAUAUAGACAUUCUUUGCCACCUGGAUUCGUUUUGAAGACCAAAGAACAGAAGAAAUUGGAGAAACUAGCGGCUGAAAAUGAACCAAAAAUAUCAUUGGAAGAGUUUUUGGAGUUGGAAAGAAGUAAAUUGGAUAAGAAAUCUUUUACACCUAUCACUAUGGAAACUUUCAAGAAAUGGAAGAUUGAGCAGAGAUCGAAGAAGGAAAAUCAAAAGAAAGAAGAAGAAAAGAAAAGUGGCAAAAGGCCACUUACAGGAAGACAAGUUAUUUUGGAGAAGUUUUCUGACAAAUAUUAUACAGAAGAAGACGAUGGAAAUGGAGAGUCUUGGGACUUGUCUCAAUUCAAAUCAAGUUUACCUGAAGAUGAUUCUGACAUCAAGGAUUAUGGUGAUGGAACAAACGCGCAAGAAUUCUAUCAAGCAGAAGUGGACAAGGCUGCAACACCAACAGCAGCCACAACAACAACAACAAAUAACGAACAUGCGGCUACCGAGAAUGAUGAUUCUGGCAUACUGAAUAAUAAUACAGAGAAGAAGGAAAUCGAGAAGGAAGAGGAACAAAAGGACAACUAUAAUGAAACCAGCAAUGGUUUUCUAGCGCCUAUAAGUGCAUGA